CAUCGCAUUCUUGCCAAUAGGUUAAAGGCCAGAUCCCGUAGUUAAUACUUAUCACAUUGGUUGGUCAUUCAUAUAGGCGGAGAUAAGCAAGGAGUGCAUGGAUUAGUGUGAAUAUUAAAAUCACCUGGGGACAAAUAUUUACGAUAUUACAAUAAAGGGUGAUAUUAUGAAGUCAUUAUGCAUCUGGAUUUACAAGACAAUUUUGACUACCUACGUCAUCGCACAAGGAGUUCGUUCUCAGACUCCACCAGUUGAACCCGAGGCAAAUCCCUUUGAGUCGCCAUCACCUGUUAAACCAGCACCGAGUUGCGGGGAAACGCACUUCUACGCCGACGUUGAAACGCGACGUGUGUUUACGUCACCAAAUUACCCGAGAGAUUACGAUUCCAAUACAAACUGUUGGUGGUUGAUCACUGCAGGGGUCGGGCAUGUAGUGAAUAUAACGUUCGGUAACUUUGAUACCGAACAGUGUUGUGAUGUCUUAGAGCUUUACAAUUACGAGGACUUAACUGAAGCAGCCAGAAAUUCCCCGUUUCUACGCUUGAGUGGUUCCUCUGCAGUAGAACCGGUGGUAACGCGCCAUCAUUUUGUUCUCCUGCAUUUUGUGUCGGACGAUUUGGUUAAUAGACAAGGAUUCACCCUUACCUACCAAGCAUGGGAAAUUCCUGAAGAAAUGGAACAAAAUUUUACUGAAUCUUUGAACCUUUGUGAGUUUGAGUUGCUCGCUGGUUCGGAACCGCAGGAAAUGACAUCACCAAACUUCCCGAAUAAUUAUGAUGCUAACUUGGAGUGUGCAUGGUCGGUCACUGCACCAGGGUAUAACAAAGUCAUUAACAUCGCAUUCACGACCCUCAACACUGAAGCUGAGUAUGAUUAUAUUGAAAUAUUCGACAACGGAAAUGUUACGCAACGCUACUCGGGUGAUGUGCGGUCACCCGUAUCAUACCAAUCGACCCCAGGGGCCAUCGUCACGGUAACCUUCAACUCGGAUAACUCGGUUGAACGACCAGGGUUCCGAGCGUUGUAUUCAUCAGAACUUGGUGAAUGUCAAUCCCCCAACUCAUGUCGUGCCCCACCCACCUAUUAUGACAUCAUAAACAAUGAUGUUCCAUACAGUCCUGGAUGUACGUUCCGCGAGAUGUACAACAAACGAUGGAUUUGUUCCUCGUUGUUCUUCAACGACUUUCCUUAUAUUCACCCUGGUUCAUGCAGAACCAACAUACAGUUGUCGGAGAAAUGCAUGGAAAUUGUCGAUUCACAAUGCUCAGUUGGCAACCUAACAACUGCUGAGUCGUAUUUCCCGACUCAUUUAAAAGCAUCGCAAAAAGUAAUAGAAGACACAAUGGCGAACCUCACAAUCAUGUUUGUGCCAUCACAUGAAACAUUUUGUCUACACCAACAAUCCAGCAUAGUGAAGUUGUUACAACGGGUCAAACAAACAACCAACAUUAUAAUCUACCUCGGGAAAACCAGGUUUCCACCACCAGUUUGUAACUUCACGGCAAUCAAGAACAAAGAAAACGAGUUGUCUGACCUUAGACAACUUGUGCUGACGGCUAAAGAUACUUUCUCAUUCUGCAGGGCUUUCACCACAUACUUCACCAUACUAAGACUUGACAUCAUCAAUGCUUGUGAUUUUAACCUACUACCCCCACUCAAUACAUUGGAUGAAAGCUCGUACAACAUUAUCGUUUACACCAAACGAAUGUUUCAACUUUUACCAAGUUUGUUGGAGGAUUCAACUUUACCCAAGUGCACAU